CUGCUCUUCACAUGAAUGCACUCACCUCCUAGAGAACAGCCUGCCAUCAUGCUCUGGAAACUGGUUGAAAAUGUCAAGUAUGAAGAUAUCUAUGAGAUGUUAGUCCACACCUAUUCCGCCAUGGACCGGCAUGAUGGAGUGCCCAGCCACAGUUCCAGGCUGUCCCAGCUGGGAUCCGUCUCCCAGGGACCCUACUCCAGCGCUCCUCCGCUGUCUCACACCCCGUCCUCGGAUUUCCAGCCGCCUUAUUUCCCACCCCCCUACCAGCCUCUUCCUUACCACCAAAGCCAGGACCCUUACUCCCAUGUCAAUGACCCCUACUCCCUAAACCCCUUGCAUCAACCCCAGCAGCACCCCUGGGGACAGAGGCAGAGGCAAGAGGUGGGAUCAGAAACCGGGUCACUGCUGCCACAGCCUCGGGCCGCCCUGCCCCAGCUCUCGGGACUGGACCCCAGGCGGGACUACCACUCAGUACGGAGGCCAGAUGUCCUUCUGCACUCAGCUCACCAUGGCCUUGACUCCGGCAUGGGGGACAGCCUUUCUCUGCAUGGCAUCGGACACCCAGGGAUGGAGGAGGUCCAGUCAGUUGAAGAUGCCAAUAACAGCGGUAUGAACUUAUUGGACCAGUCUGUCAUUAAAAAAGUUCCGGUUCCUCCAAAAUCUGUUACUUCUUUGAUGAUGAAUAAAGAUGGCUUCCUGGGUGGAAUUUCAGUCAAUACCGGAGAGGUGUUUUGCUCUGUACCUGGCCGCUUGUCUUUGCUUAGUUCAACUUCAAAAUAUAAAGUAACAGUGGGAGAAGUUCAAAGACGCCUUUCUCCUCCCGAGUGUCUGAACGCAUCCCUCCUAGGAGGAGUUCUUAGAAGAGCGAAAUCGAAAAACGGGGGGAGAUCUUUGCGAGAAAGGCUAGAAAAAAUCGGUUUGAAUUUACCAGCCGGCAGGCGUAAGGCUGCAAAUGUCACUUUACUCACCUCCCUGGUGGAAGGUGAGGCCGUUCAUUUAGCCCGGGAUUUUGGGUACAUCUGCGAAACGGAGUUCCCAGCCAAAGCUGUUUCUGAAUACCUGAACAGACAGCACACGGACCCCAGCGACCUCCACUCCAGGAAAAACAUGCUGCUUGCUACAAAGCAACUUUGUAAAGAAUUUACAGAUCUUUUGGCCCAAGACAGGACACCCAUUGGAAACAGCCGGCCCACCCCUAUUUUGGAACCAGGCAUUCAGAGCUGCUUGACUCACUUCAGCCUCAUCACUCACGGCUUUGGGGCCCCUGCUAUCUGCGCUGCCCUCACAGCCCUUCAAAACUACCUGACUGAAGCUCUCAAAGGCAUGGACAAGAUGUUCUUGAACAACAACACUGCUAACAGGCACACAUCUGGCGAAGGACCAGGUAGUAAAACUGGAGACAAGGAAGAGAAACACAGAAAAUGAGAGGAAAAAAAAAAAAAGAAAGGAAAAGAAAAGAAUAAAAAGUUACAUAAAAGGAGAAAAAAGAUAAUCUUUUAAAACAAAACCGUCUUAAUUUUAGCUUUAAAAAUAUUGGAUUGGGCUUUGGAAGAAUUCUAUUAGGUAGGAAAAAUAAUAAUAAUAAAAAUAAUAAUAAUAACAAAAGAAAGACAAUAAUUUAAGAUCAGAGGAGCACAAUGGCGCAAGACCAGUGGUUCAGAGUCUCUUGCCAGGAACAUGUGAAGACAACCACCAGGAUUUUUUUCCCACUUCUGUUCUUUCACAUUUUUUAAAUAAUGAUUUGGGGAGGGGGGAAUAUAAUAAUAAUUAAUAAUAAUAAUAAAAGAAAGAAAUGAAUAACUUAUUGGAAGAAAUCGGAGAAACAUUUUUGGUGUCAGUGCUUUGAUUUCUUGAGCUGCAUGGUCUGUCUUACUAUUAUUUUCAUUUAUUCUUUUUUUUUUUUAUUCUUUUUUUUUUUUUUUUGAAUGACAUCCUGUCUCCACCCCAGAUAAAAUGAUCUUCCAGAGCGUUCCUUUCUGAGCAACCCCAUCACCUUGUUUCCCAUCUCAUCUCACCCCUUGGCUCUGUCUAGACUAGGAAAGGAGGACAGGCAAGUGCCCAGGCUACCCCAGACUCUGCAUAAAGACAUGAGCCUUCAUUCACGGCAGUGUCUUCACUUAAUGACGUAAUAUGGGAUGCUUCAAGUCAUGGUAGUUCAAUCAAAUUAGCUAAUUCUAUUUUUUAAGAACCUUUUUUUUUUUUUUUUUUUUUUUUCCUGGUCUAGACAGACUCUCUGUUUAGAUUACCAACGUUUACAGGUGUGUGUGUGUGUGUGUGUGUGCAUGUGUGUGCAUAUGCGUAUGCACACACAUAACCUGAUAGGGGCGUGUGUGUAUACUGUGUAUGUUAAUGUAUAUAUAUAUGUAUAUAUCUGGAUGUAUACAUAUAUAUAUAUUUUAUAUGUGUGUAUCGCCACACAUAUCCAUGCAUGCAAACAUACCUUUGUAAUUUAGUACUUGCCUUCGAUGGUAAAAUGCCUUGUCUAUAAUGGGUUGCAAAAUUUGAAAGUAAGGUCUGGUACAAUGUCAGUGCUGUCUGAUAUCUUAAUUUUCUGAGAUCUCCUCUUUUUCUCUAGAGAGUUUUAUAUUCCUAACUAUGACAAUGUUUCAGUCCUUAAUUUCCUUGAGUAGUGUGUGUGAGAGAUAUCUUUCCCCAUUUUUAAAGAACUGUUAAGAACAACAACAAAAAAAUGAGUGAUAUGAGUAUGUAAUUCUUUCUCAGGAGUAUGCACUAUUUUAUUUUCUUCUGUUUCCUAAAGCUUUGCCCGCUUGGCUUAUGAGCUUCUUCAAAGAGGACUAGAGAUCCCUACACAAUAUAUCAGGUACAGAAAAAAAAAAUCCACAAUUCUGAUAUUCUGAUACUUUUUUUUCUUUUUUUCAAAUCAAAGCCAGUUGUUUCAGAAUUCUGUAGGUUCACUUCUUUAAAGAAGCUCAAAGGGAAUAAUUUGAAGGAGAUAAAAACUAUAAGUUGAAAUUGAGGUGUAAUAUUGCAAAGAAAAUAAGAGCUGUGUUGAAUGUUACCGCACUUGCUUGGCACCAGGGGUUUGUACCCAGGGAGAAAAGGGCUGCCAUGUGAGCCAGCUCCUCGUGACGGGAGUGGGGAGGGUUUGC